AGGGAUUGGCAGAGAGGGAUGGAGGACACUGAAUGGAGGCCAAUGGAGGGAUUGGAAGAGAGGGGUGGAGGACACUGAGUGGAAGCCAGUGGAGGGAUUGGCAGAGAGGGGUGGAGGACACUGAGUGGAGGCCAGUGGAGGGAUUGCCUAGAGGAGUGGAGGACACUGAAUGGAGAGUUUGGAGGCAAAGGGGAGUAAGGAGAUGGAUCUUAGGUUGCUAAGAUUGGUGGGGUCCAGUGAGGACUUUUUAAGUAUGGGGGUGACUAGUGCAUGUUUUAGAGAGUUGGGGAAGAUGCCAGUAGAAAGGGAGAGAUUGAAGAUAUGAGUUAAAGAGUGAAGGAUAGAGCCAGAGGGUGACCGUAGUAUUUACGAGGGAACAGGGUCCAGGGGGCAAAGUGG